GAAUUUCCCCCUUCAACUUUAGAGAGGAUAGAAAAGUGCAUGGUGUACAGUUUACAUGACAACAUGUGAUAUACCUCAACUAGCACACGUCCAUGUCGACCGGUUAAUCUUUGCCGCUACUUUUAAAUGCUUCUCAAUUCUAAAAAUGUCUUGAUUUGACCGCUUCUGAAAAUUUUCACGAAUUGUCGAUGUGAUGCACCAGUCAUCUUGCGACAGUUUGACCUUCAAGUGCUCGCAACCUUUAUGGGUGGACGAUACCCCUGAAGCGUUGCCUUGUAUGAUUCCCAGUUUGGGUUUUGAGUUUCUGUUGUUUACUUCCUUGUAGAUUGUUUACCUGUGAUCAUAAGACCACUUCAGUUGCUGACCGUUUACCUAUCAAACAGUUUUCUUACAAUUCUGCUAACACCACGACCUAAAAUCUUUCAACAAUCAUACACGUUCCAUCAUGCCUAACCCACUGAAAACUCUUUGCACAGUGUUUAUGUUCUAUUGUUUCUCAAUAUGCCUUACAUUUUUCAACAGCCGUUGUAUAAAAGUGUUCCCAUAUCCACUCUCAAUCACUUUACUGCACAUGAUCAUUAAAUUCUUAUUGUCAUGGUUCGUAAGGUGUUCACUAUCGUGGUUGUAUAACUGUCCAAGAAUAGAGCUUCCGUGGGCGAAGUAUGUGAGGGUUGUUGCUGUCUCUGGGAUCUCUAGUGCCCUAGAUAUUGGUUGUUCAAAUUGGAGUUUUGAGUUCAUUACAGUAUCAUUGUACACAAUGACAAAAUCUACCAGCGUCAUUUUUAUUGUGAUGUUUUCUGUUUUAUUAAAACAGGAGAAAAAGCAACCAUCCUUAGCCAUCAUUGUCGUUCUGAUUACCUGUGGGCUUUUUAUGUUUUCAUAUGAGUCUACACAGUUCAAUUACAUAGGAUUCCUUCUUGUUCUCGCAGCGUCAUUCCUAAGUGGAAUUCGAUGGUCUUUCACCCAGCUUGUCUUACAAGGACAAUGUUAUGGUCUUUCUCAUCCUAUUGAUUUUAUGUUCCACUCACAACCAUGGAUGGCACUGGCUAUUUUGCCCCUUUCUCUUUACAUCGAAGGUUUUGAACUCAUAACAGCAAAGAAUCUUUUUCGCACUGAUGCAUUUGAUCAGUUAAUAGGCGACUUAGUCCAACUAGGUACUGGAGCUUUGUUAGCAUUCGGUCUUGAAAUAUCAGAGUAUCUAGUUGUUGGUGCUACUUCAAGUUUGACUUUAUCAGUUGCUGGUAUAUUUAAGGUUAGUUCCUAAUAUUUAUUUGUAGAAACGUUUUAUUGCGUUGUUUCUCCAUGUACUUUUCCAAGACUAUUCAGAUGUGGAAAUUAUUUAUUUAUUUGAACACAUAAAUAUUGGUACAAGAGAGAGCCAGUAUAUAUGCGCCACGCAAAACAAUGAGAAUUCGAAGAGAAAGAAAGAAAAAAAGGUAAGGAGCGUGAAAAAAAUAGAACAAUAACGAAGAGAUUGGUGUAGGGUAGUGUAAUAAUAGUAAUAAUGAGGGAACGGAAAGGUACAAUCAGAAGAAAUCUUUCAGUUAAGGGAGACACAACCACUUUUUAUGAAGAAAGUAAAAGAAGAUUACAGUAGGAUCGCCACUGGCUUCUAUUCUGAGCCAUAUCUGAUAACGUCUCUAGCCACUGUGUCCCACCAUCUCUCGGACCCCAACCAGAGAGUCGUGAAGGACAGUGACUAGAGAACGUUUAGAUAGAGUCGAAUUUCCACCAAAGACGAGUCGCUGUAUAAGUAGAUAGAGGGUGAAUAAUGUG